AUGACGAGGCCGUCACGGAUCAAGUGGAGGAGUGCAUUGGCGGAUUUCAACCGUGCAAGUGAAGUUUGGUCCAGCGAGGGUUGCUCCGUAGUGGAGGUCAACGGCACCAUGCUUCUGUGCGCGUGCAGCCACAUUUCUGUUUUUGCCUCUGCCCUCGGCAGCCCAUCGUUACCGGAGGACGUCUUGUGCCCCAACGUGGCUAUCCUCUCACCUGCAGGCUUCGAAAAGCUGGGCCAGGGCCAGUGGGUGCAGCAGAGGGGCGGGAUCGCGCUCUGGACGCUUCUGACAGUGCACUUGGUCAUCGUCCUGAUGGCCUGCUGGUCCCAGGGCUCUUGGAAGGCCAAGCCGAGCUUCUUCAUGUACACCGACGACUACCGAUCUUGUUCGAGGAAGGUCAUGUUCAAGAAAGUCAUGAGCGCGGGACGGAAGAGCGGCAAGUCCAAAGUGAGGAGUAUGUGCAUUGUUGUAUUAAACGUCGUCUUAAACCUCCAGUUGGAUUAUGGCUAUGAAGAGCUCUGUCAAAAGGGCAUAUUCGACAUAAUUCGAACGCUUAUAUUUUACAAGUUGAUGAUGCUGUGGGUCACUGCCACUAUGGGUUUCUCUGAGCUAGACUCGCGGUAUCUUCGUUACGGCAACGUGGCAAACCUCACGAAAGCCCGGUCAGAUGAUGGCCCCAUCACACCCACUACGGCGAUAUUGGUCGGGGCAGGUCACGAAACAAAUAACAGUAGCUUACAGAGUAUGAACGGCGAAGGUGCAAGUCAAGGCGAAAAAAGACUAAACAAGCACACAGAGCGCACCGCCAACGGCAACGUCAAGGAAGCCUGGACAGAUGUCGCCGGCGACAGCGGCGCAGGGCGCAGCACCGUCCGCCGUCGCCUGAGCCGGGACGGCCCCCCGGAGCUGAGGCGGGCGCACGGCGCCGCCUCGGGGACCUCCGCCGCGCGAGGGCCGCCCAGGAGCACGGGCACCAAGCAGCGUCACGAGUGGGUGAAGGCUUCGGACAGCGGCCUCACCGACGAGUUCGUGGCCAUCCUCAAGGACAAGAGCCGACUGCUCCAGCGCCGUCGGAAUCAAGUGGCCGUCGAGCCUGACCCGUUCGAGAUAAUGACGGCGUCCACGGCAGCGAAAGAGGCGAUCAAGUUCUCUAGGGAGGCGGUGCUUCUCUUCAGGGCGAUCCACCCGCUCUUCAAGCUCUGGCUUGAAAGCAUGACCACGCCCUGGAUCUUCCAGGUCUUGGCAUUGCUUGAUGCCGUGUUCGGCUUUCUCAUGUUUUCGGCAGCCUUCUACGGAACCACCGCUUGCCCCAACAUCCCAGAGUGCGCGGGGCCAGACGAUUCGUUCGGGAAUAUCACCCGAGACGUGCUCGUGUCUUUGGGCUGCACAGUCGUUGGGCUUGCUCCUCUCGUGAUACUGUCCCGGCGAGACCGCAGGAUGGCGCGGUUCAGCACAGAGCGCAGGGUGCGGAUAUUGUUCUGGGUGUGGUUAUUGAAGGACGUCGUUUGCACAGCGGGCGGGCUUGCUUGGUUCGCUUUCUGCGUUUUGUAUAUCAUGAUGUUCCUGGCUAACGUUAGCCAGAAGGAUGCAGACCACUGGCUGAUCAGCUUGGUUAUCCGCUUUGUAUGUACAUGGUUUCUGUUACCACUUGUCGCAACCAUCCUGUGGAUUGCAAUCAUGAGACUAUAUUUUAGCUUUAGCGGGGGACGCUUCAUCGAAAACAACACCAGCGGGAUUUUGAGAGCACUCAAUCGCGGCGGCGUUACCAGGGCUUUGGAGCCUGCGCCGGACGAGCCGCCGAAGAGCAUUCUACCCACAGCCCGUGCCUUUGUGGAUCCUAUGCCGCUUGUGUACCAGGAGAUCAACGAUGAGGACGACAUGUCGCCGAUUGCGGGCGGCGAUGCAGGCGGAGGCGUCGUCCCGCCGCUGGUGCGGGCGCCCCUUGCGGAGACCCUCGACAUGAUUGAGGAGGCCUCCGAGAGCGAGGAUCAUUUCCGGUCGUGGAUCGGCCAGCAUGUGCGGAACCCGCAGGCGGCCAGCUUGCAGGCCGUAGCCAGCGAGCUUCCACCGCACUUGGCUGCAAAGGACACCGGGCUGGCCGACCAGCUGGUGCGACCGAUGGAGCCCGGCCAACGCAGGGCGAGCACGUCCUUGGCCCAGAUCGAACUGGAGCGUCCCCGGCGCAGGUCGAGCAGGCCCCUGACGCAGAUUGAGAAGCUGAGCACCCUGUCGCCGCAGAUGCGGUGGACAGCGACGGUGGACGCCACGCACUCCUGGGUGGACGCCGCGCACUCCUGGGCUCCGCGCGAGCUGACGUCAGAGGCCCCCGCGGAGGCCGUGCUCCCAGGCAUGCCGCCGCCUGGGUCCUAG